AUGAGCGGUACUUCCUUCCUCGCUGGCCACCAUCUCCUCUCGGCGCGCGAGCUCGAGGAAUACCACGUCAAUCUGGCUAAGCGACAGGGCGCCACCGGCUGUGGUGCUAACAACGCCGGCGCCAAGUGCGCGGACAACAUGUGCUGCUCCCAGUUUGGCUUCUGCGGUGACACGGAUAUCUUCUGCUCCGAGAUCGCCAAGUGCCAGCCUGACUUUGGUCGCUGCGAGACACCCGCUGAGCCGACUACUCCUACCGAGCCCGGCACUCCCGCGGAGCCAACCACUCCCACCGAGCCGGGAACCCCCGGAGAGGGGCUGACCAUCACCACGAACGGCAUGUGCGGAAACACGACCACUUGCGCCGGCUCCACCUAUGGCGGAUGCUGCUCUGAAUUCUUCUGGUGCGGCGCCGGAGCGGACUAUUGCGGCACUGGUUGCCAAUCUCAAUUCGGCACCUGCGAGGGCGGUGCACUGAUGGCCAAUGUGGCGGUGACCUUGGCCUCCGCCAUCAAGAUGAGCUUCGCCCCCGUGAACCCCCGGCCUAUGCUGCAAGGCCUCGUCAACAAGCCCAUUUUUGUGCGCCUAAAGUGGGGUGAGGUCGAGUACAAGGGCACCCUCGUCUCGGUCGACAGCUACAUGAAUCUCCAGCUCGACGGCGCGGAGGAGUACGUUGACAACAAGUCGACGGGAACCCUGGGCUCCGUUCUAAUUAGGUGCAACAACGUGCUGUGGGUGAGGGCCGCAGAUGAGAAGGAUAGGGACGCGUCAAUGUCAGGGUAG